AUGCUUUGCGGUGUACCUGAAUUGAUAAUUGGCCCUGAUUAUCUGUUAACCACAAAAUUAGGAAAAGUCAUUAAAAUUGGGGCUGAGAGGUGUCGUUGUCCUGAGGUCCUCUUCCAGCCAUCAUUGGUUGGAAUGGAAGCAACAGGAAUUCAUGAAAAAGCCUACAACUCAAUCAUGAGAUGUGAUGUUGAUAUUAGGAAAGAUUUAUUUUCAAAUAUUGUGAUUGGUGGUGGUACAACAGAAUGUAUGAGCAAGGAAAUCACUGCUCUUGCUCCAAGCAGCAUAAAGAUCGGUGUGGUUGUACCACCUGAGAGGAAGUACAGCGCCUGGAUUGGGGGAUCAAAGCGCUUGCCUCUGUAG